AGGGCAGCGCGUGAACCAAAACGCGUGGUAUUAACACACAGAAAGGCCUCCAAUGUGUGUAAAUUGUGACACACCAACACACAUUUAGAGAGAACCCGAAGGAUCCGUCAACGCGCCGCGAUUCGGUCGGAUUAUUCAUCUCCGAAAAACCCUACCUUUUGACCACCUACCCAGGGCCAGUUUGUUACCAUCCAUCACCCUCUUCUUUCUCUCUCUUUCUUUCUUUCUCUCUCCUCUCACACACACAAACACCAAAAACACAUACUAGUUCUCUCUUCUUCGAUACUGGCUUAUGGUAUUCCCGCCUCUCGACACAACAAUUCCUAAACCCUAGCUUUCUCUCUCUGUCUCUAUCUCUUUCUCUUUCGUUUUUUUUUUCUUCAGUAAUCCUUGUUACUUCUGGAAGGAAAAAGAUUGGGUCUUUUAAAGGUUUGAAUACAUGUCCGUCAAUCAAUCGAAGGGUGACAAGAACGAGCCGCAGCAGUACAGAAGAGUAGGUCGAUCCGGUAACUCAUCCUUGCCAAGGAACUACUCCGGUGGUGGUGGGAAGGGCGGCGGCGGCGGCGGAGGAGGAGGAAGUAACACCGCCCCGCCAUCCUCCUCCUCUUAUUCUUCGCAGAGAAGCUUUAAGAAGACGAAUAACCAUGCUCAAGGAGUACAACCUAGGGUAAACACCCCGAUUACAAAUUCAAAUUCGGAUUUGUCGAAUUCUUCUACUCCCGGAGGCGCUAGUGUAACCAAUGGCGCACAUUUACAACCGCCGGCACGAGGUGCACCUGGUGCUCCAUCUACAGGAGCUACUCCAAAGCCAUCUGAAACACCAAUUCAGAAGAACACCAACACCCCCGGCCUCCCAAAGGCUCCUCCACAGGGUAACACAGCUGUUCCCAGUUCUGAUGUUACUGGUCCUUCAACUCCAACAAAAGGUCCUGCAGAUGCUUCUAGGGCAUUUCAACUUCAAUUUGGAUCAAUCAGUCCUGGUAUCAUGAAUGUAAUGCAGAUACCCGCUCGAACUAGCUCUGCCCCACCAAAUUUUGAUGAACAGAAACAAGCUCAAGCUCGUGUUGAUUCCUUAAAAGCUAAUAAACUUCCAACUCCAUCAAUCCCAAAACAAAGAAAAGAUGAUGUUUCUGUUUCUGUUUCUGUUGUUCAAAGUAAUGCCCCUGAGAUUCAUCAUUCUAUUCCAAAACCUAAAAAAGAAAACCAAACUUUAUCUACCCAUUCUACCCCUCAAAAGCUGCCAGGUCCACCAAUCCCUGGUGUUUCAAUGCAAAUGCCAUUUCACCAUUCUCCAAUACACGUCCCUUACCCUACUCCAAAUCCCCAAAUGCAAUCACAAGGAAUGCCAAAUAUGCCCCUCCCAAUGCCCUUACCAAUGGGGAAUCCACCACAACAAGUAUUCGUGACACAUCAUCCAAUGCAGCCACAAGGGAUCAUCCAUCAAGGUCAAGGUAUCAACUUUUCUUCUCCACAAAUGCCACCUCAGCUUGCCAACAUGGCAAUUGGUGUUGGACAACAUUACCAGUCACCACCACCACCACCCACCGGAAAACUCGGUGGUCACCGGAAAACCGUGAAAAUCACACACCCUGACACUCAUGAAGAGCUCAGACUUGAUAAAGGGUCAACCCCCCCUAGGCCCCACCUCCCUCAUGGGUCCCAGCCUCUUCCUUCUUUUCCACCUGGACACCCCAUGAAUUUCUAUUCUAACUCUUUUAACCCUAACCCUAUUUUCUUCCAACCACCUAAUAAUUCACAAACACAACCACAACCACAAACACAAACAAAUAGUGGAUCUCAGCCACCUAGGUUUUAUAAUCAGGUGACAGUGAAACCAGCUGCUAAUGUUGUAGUACAUGAAAAGGUUAGUGUUAGUGAGUCAUCUUUGUUAGGUAGUGUACCUGUUAAUGACAAAAAUGACAAAAAUGACCUCCCCAAAAGAAGUGAAAGAACACAUGUGGAAGCUUCUGUUCUUCUUUCUCAAAAGGAACCUGAAGUUAAACCAUCUAAUGCCUCUUUUGGCUCUUUCCAAUCUGAGAAUUCAACAAAUUUGGUUUCUUCUGUUGAGGAUUUGGCCCCACUUGUUAAAGAUGAACAGAUAAAGCCAGAAAUGAAGAUAGGUGAACAGUUGGAUACUCCUUCAAGCUCUUCUUCAGAAGCAUUAAAGUCAACUCCUGUAAUGGAAGUCAACGAGGAGGUUUCAGAAACCACCGAUAAAGUGGUGGCUGUGGAUGUUGCCGCCAAUGCCACUGGCGGGUUUUUAGGUGGUAGUGGUGAAGAAGGGGUAAACUCCAGUGAAAAAAUUGUGAUCGAGACAAAUCUUGAAACCCCCCUUAAAAAUCAAGAUCCAAAGGUCGAAUCUUUGGAGUCAAAAGAACAAGAAAAAGAUUCGAUUUUUCCCACCAAUGAGCCCGAGGACACUAAAAUCAAUGAUGAUCAAAUCUUGAAAUCAGAUAUUCAAGUUGAUAUUUCCGUUUCUACCCCUGAAGAGGAUAUGGGGAAGAGUGAAAACUCAGUGCCUUCAAUGGAUCCAUCCUUACCUGAUUCCGCAAAGACCAAGGGCAAUUUGGGUAUUUCAAAUACAAAUACCAACACAAACACAUCUAAAUCAAAAAAGAAAAGAAGGGAUAUUUUGAAAUUUGCAGAUGCUCAAGGGACAACUUCUGAUCUUUACAUGGCAUACAAAGGUCCAGAAGAAAAGAAAGAAACCCCAUGUUCUGAAACCCUAGAAGAAGCCUCUUCAAUACCUCAAAAUCAAGAUAUUGAUGAAAAAGAAAAACAUGUCAACAAAUUUGAACCUGAUGAUUGGGAAGAUGCUGCGGACAUUUCUACCCCUAAGCUUGAAACAAUUGAGAAUGAAGGAUUAUCCAAAAAGUACUCAAGAGAUUUCUUACUAAAAUUCUCUGAACAAUGUAAUGAACUCCCUCUAGGGUUUGAGCUCACACCCGAUAUAGCCGAGGCGGUGAUGUCAAAUCUUGCUGCCCGGGAACCUCGGGCAGCUGCCCGGACACUUGACCGCCGCCCGAGUAAUGUCGGGCAUGAUGACCGGUGGAGUAAAGGGCAAACGGGUGUGAACUUCACCGGAAAUGUCCCGGGAUUUAGGCCGGUUCAUGGCGGUGUUUUGAGAAACCCGCGGGCUCAGCCGGUGUUUUCCGGCGGGAUCUUGGCGGGCCCGUUGCAGUCGCCAGGUGUCAUGCAAAGGAACAACUCUGAUUCGGACAGGUGGCAGCGUGUGAGUGGUGGGAAUAAUCAAAGAGGGUUAAUCCCGUCUCCAAACACUCCAAUGCAAGUGAUGCAUAAAGCUGAGAGAAAAUACGAAGUGGGAAAAGUAACAGAUGAAGAACAAGCUAAACAAAGACAAUUAAAGGGAAUUUUGAACAAAUUAACACCUCAAAACUUCGAGAAGCUUUUUGAACAAGUCAAACAAGUCAACAUUGACAAUGCGAACACUUUAUCGGGUGUAAUUAAUCAGAUUUUUGAUAAAGCGUUAAUGGAGCCCACUUUUUGCGAAAUGUACGCUAACUUUUGUUCAAGGCUUUCUGUCGAAUUACCGGAUUUUAGUGAAGAUAAUGAGAAAAUCACUUUUAAAAGAUUACUUUUGAAUAAAUGUCAAGAGGAAUUUGAACGAGGUGAACGUGAAGAACAAGAGGCGAAUAGAACUGAAGAAGAAGGUGAAGUGAAACAAACCGAAGAGGAGAGAGAAGAGAAGAGAGUGAAAGCGAGAAGACGAAUGUUGGGGAAUAUAAGAUUAAUCGGUGAAUUAUAUAAAAAAAAAAUGUUGACUGAAAGAAUAAUGCACGAAUGUAUAAAGAAGCUAUUAGGUCAAUAUCAAAGUCAAAAUCAGAAUCCCGAUGAAGAAGAUAUCGAAUCAUUAUGCAAAUUAAUGAGCACAAUUGGAGUAAUGAUAGAUCAUCCACGUGCUAAAGAACACAUCGACGUGUAUUUUGACACAAUGUUGAGAUUAUCAAACAACAUGAAACUUUCUUCACGUGUCAGAUUCAUGUUAAAAGACGUAAUUGAUUUAAGAAAAAACAAAUGGCAACAAAGAAGAAAAAUCGAAGGCCCAAAAAAAAUCGAUGAAGUACACCGAGACGCAGCCCAAGAACGACAUGCCCAGUCCACCCGUUUGGCCCGCGGGCCGAGUUUCAACUCUUCCACCCGCCGGGUCGGACCCGGUCCGGGUCAGAAUCUGGGUCAUAACCCGGGUCAAGGCCAUUUGUUACCGUCUCCGAAUUCGGGUUUUCGCGGGAUGGGUCCGGGUCGCGGGUAUAACCAAGAUGCGAGAUUUGAUUUUGAAAACCGGACUUUGUCGAUUCCGUUGAGACCGAUGAGUGAAAAUGAUGGAAUUACCCUUGGCCCACAAGGUGGGUUAGCUAGAGGGAUGUCGGUUAGAGGUCACCCUAACCACCACCACCAACCCGAACCGAGUCCGAGUCCGAGUCCGAGUCCGCGGGUCCCGGUUGGUCCGAACGGGUCGAGUCAACCGGGUUAUGACUCGCCGUCGGCUCGAGUGUGGGUCCCGGCUCCGGUUCAAGAUAAGGUGUGGCCGGCAGAACGGUUACGUGAUAUGUCAAUGGAGGCGAUUAAAGAGUUUUAUAGUGCGAGAGAUGAGAAGGAAGUGGCGAUGUGUGUAAAGGAAUUGAAUGCACCGAGUUUUUACCCUUCGAUGAUAUCGAUUUGGGUGAAUGAUUCUUUCGAGAGGAAAGAAGUGGAUCGGGAUUCACUCGCUAAGCUUCUUGUGAAUCUUGGAAAAUCUCAAGAUGGAAUACUAAAUCAAGAAUCACUUGUUCGAGGAUUGGAAUCGGUUCUUGGAGCGUUAGAAGACUCGGUGAAUGAUGCUCCGAAGGCAGCGGAAUAUCUUGGGAGGAUCAUCGGGAGGAUGCUCAUAGGAAAUGUGGUCCCGUAUAAGGAGGUGUGGCGGCUGAUAUACGAAGGGGGGGAGGAGCCAGGGCGGCUGGUGGAGGUGGGACUGGCGGCGGAGGUGGUGGGGGUGAUUUUGGAGAUGAUUGAAUCGGAAAAAGGGAAUCAGUUUUUGAAUGGGAUUCGGAAAGAGUCUAAUCUUCGUGUGGAGGAGUUUCGGCCUUCAAAUAGUAAAAAAGCGUUGAGAAUAGAUAAGUUUGUUUAGAGGGAGUGAUAUUGAUGCUUGUUGAAUCUUUGGUUAGAAAAAACAAAAAUGGAAGUGUUUUAGUGUCGAGGGUUGGAUAGGAAGAAUUAUAUAUGUUUUGGGGGGUUUUGUGAUUCUUUUUUUUUUUUUUUUUUUAUUAUUUUAUAUUUGUUAACUUCAAAAUGAUUAUUAUCUGCAAUUGCAAAAAGGUUCAAAUGA